CUGUUCAUCAGUUUGAUUCGAGCCAGCAGCCAGUGCACGCUGCCCCCAGUGACUCCAGACUCAGAUUUUUCCGCCAAGGACUAACCACCAGUGAAGCACCUGUCGCGCGGUGUGCCGCGAGUGUAGUCGUCGUUGUUUGCCGUGAUCGAGUGUGAAAGUGCCCAUCCCCAGAAUGACAAUUAAGCAGUGGCCUUGGCAGGCCCUCCUCGCCCUGCUCGCAGUGCUGUUCCUCGCCGGCAGUUGUGAGGCGGCCACCGAGCAGCUGGGCAGUCCCGGUCCCGGUCCCAGUUCGCCCAGCCCCUCGCAAAACGCCGGGGCACGAACCCUUCUGCGGGUCUACGACGAGUGCACCCGCGCCGAGGCCGGCUUCGUGCCCUGUCUGAAGAAGAAGGCCAUCUCCUUCAUCGACCGCCUGGCCCCCAUCGAGGCCAUCAACGUGGCCGAGGGCAUCAAGCUGGUGCGCCUGGAGACGGCGCCCCGUCCGCCGGCCACUAGCGAGAACGACCUGGAGUCAUCGCUGCCCCGAUCCGGGAACGACCGCGACGCCAAGCUCACCAACAUGCUGAUCGAGCGGCUCAGCUACUUCUUCAACGGCCACUCGCUGCAGGUCAGCUUCCCAAAGCUCACAUCCGAUGAGAUUGGACGCGGCUUGGAGGAAGGUCGUGGUAAAAUGAAGAAGAUGAUGGGCAUGAUGAUGAUGGGAAUGGCCAUGAAGUUGAUGGGCAUGAUUCCGAUUGCCAUGGGAGCGCUCUACAUACUGGCGGGCAAGGCGCUGAUCAUUUCGAAGAUCGCCCUGCUCCUGGCGGGCAUUAUCGGGCUGAAGAAGCUGAUGUCCGGCAAGUCGUCGGGCGGCAGUUCCGGCUGGUCUUCCGGCGGCGGUGGCGGCGGAGGCGGUGGCUGGUCCUCGGGCGGUGGGGGCGGAGGAGGCGGCGGCGGCUGGGACAGGCGUUCCCUGACCGAGGCCCAGGAGCUGGCCUAUCGGGCCCACCACCAGCAGGAGCAGCAGGCGGCACAUGCGCAGGGCCAUCCGCAGCUGCAACACCAACACCACCUGCAUCCGAAGGCCGCGGCGCCGCUGGUGACCAAGUCGUAGGGCGGAGCGGAUGGAGCGGACGGAGGAGUGACACCAAGUGUUAGAUAGCUGCAUUUAUCUUGUGGAUAAAUCACGGACGUCGGAUUGUAAUUAGAUAUACAUAAGCUCUCUUUUUGCACUUGCACUGCGGGGCAGACAAGAGACUUGAUGCACUUCCAACGGUUCACUCGUUCACUCGACGCACAGUGGCACCUAUGGAUACAGCGCCUGAAAUGUAUCUAGAACGUGCGUUCCCACUGGGCUGCAUUUGAUUUUUUUAUAAUGAUUAGUAUUUGCUUUAAUCGAUUAUGUUUGCUUCUAUGCAACGCUCUGCCCUGCUCAGUUCUUCCAUCCGCAUUUACUGUUUCUGAAUUACUGAACUCGGCCUCUGCAUCUUGGCAUCUUUGCAUCUCUGCAUCUCAAUCUGCAUCUCGAUGUGCAUUACUUCUUAACUGCUAACUGCACUGGCUAUUUUCAAUUACCUCUGGUACUUCCGCUUCUGCAGCUCCGUUUCCAUCUCACUCCACUUGCGCACUCACAUUAACUAUAGCUUGUCUAACUGUACGUAGCCACUAAGUGUAAUAAUUUAUUUAACUUAUUUAUUUAUUUACUAGCCGUAAGUGUACAUCGCAUGUAAGCAGCAAAGUUUUCAAAAAAACAGAAAAGCAAAAAAAAUGUAUACGAAUAAAAUCACUGAUACCAAUCGAA